AUGAAGCCGAGCCCGGCAGCGGCCGCCGCCGCGGCGGGACCGGGGUUGGGGCAGGCGGCGGGGGGACCCGAUGCUCGCUGGAGAGAGAAAGGCGAAGCGGAGGCGGAGAGGCAGCGAACCCGCGAGCGGCUGGAGGCUACGCUGGCCGGGCUGGGCGAGCUGGAGUACCUGAGGCAGCGGCAGGAGCUGCUGGUGAAGAGCCUCCUGCUGCGGAGAGCCCCGGGAGCGCAGGGCGGCCGCGGGGAGCAGCAGGGCGAGGGGCCGCCGCCGCGCAGUCUGGAGGAGAAGUUCCUGGAGGAGAACAUCCUCCUGCUGCGGCGGCAGCUGAACUGCUUGAGGAGGAGGGAUGCUGGCCUAUUAAAUCAGUUGCAAGAGCUAGAUAAGCAAAUUAGUGACCUCCGUCUGGACGUGGAAAAAACGACAGAUGAACACCUUGAGACAGACAGUCGUCCAAGUUCAGGGUUUUAUGAGCUGAGUGAUGGAGCUUCUGGAUCGCUCUCCAAUUCGUCUAACUCUGUCUUCAGUGAGUGUUUAUCCAGUUGCCAUUCUAGCACUUGCUUUUGCAGCCCUUUGGAGGCAACACUGAAUAUCUCAGAUGGACGCCCUAAAUCUGCAGAUCUCAUAGGCUGGAUGGAUUAUAAUAAAGAAAGCCAACAUGAGGACCAGACCGCGGGCUCUGUGUGUCGCUCUUUGUCCACACCGCACUCAAAUUCCCUCGAUGUCGUUGCAGAUGUCCACCCAAAGUACCAGUGCGAUCUGGUGUCUAAAAACGGGAGUGACGUCUACCGGUACCCCAGCCCACUCCAUGCGGUAGCUGUGCAGAGUCCUAUGUUCCUUCUCCCUGUGACUGAGAACCCCCAGCGAGAAGAGGAGAGGCUUGGCUGUGACAUUACCGAUGUUUGCACCGGAUCUGAAACAGACUCAGGAAAAGCAACCGAUGCCUUUCUCCCGCCAGGCUCCUGGCCUGCCUCGUGCCCGUCUGCCAGCAAGAGGAUAGAUGGCUACAUCUUAAGCCUGGUUCAGAGAAAGACUCACUCUGUAAGGACUAACAAACCAAGGACAAGUCUCAACGCCGAUCCCACCAAAGGGAUCUUGCGACACGGCAGCAUGUGUGUCAGGCAGGCUGCCGGGGCGGUUUCACACAGCAACGUGGUGAACCUGAAGAGCGCGAAGCAAGUGAGCUUGCCAUCCAGCGGGGCAACUGCUUCAGAGAACACGGCUCCCUCCCCGCUCAAGCAGAGGCCGAGGGAAGCAGGUGGUGAGCAGGUGGAGAGCAGAAAGGUGCUUUUGCCAGCGGCUUUUCCACCCAGCGAACUCCAGAGCAAGCAGCAGCCGCGGGGUGCCAAGGCGGUGCCUGCAGAGCUCAGCCGGCACGCGGUGGCUGCCACGGGGGAUGUCUCCAAGGAAGGCAGCCAGCACUUCGCUGCGUCUCCCAAAGAGAGCCCAGGGAAGCCGGUGGUGCUGCAGCCAGAGACCAGGGUCAGCCAGCCGCCCAAAAAGGUCCUGCUGAAGGGCGGCUCGCAGGCAGCUCACUCGUCGUCGCCUCCUGUGGAGGAGAGGCCCACGCUGGACUUCAAAAGUGAGGGCUCUUCCUCUCAGAGCCUCGAUGACGGAUUGCUGGUGAACGCCCAGUACAUCCCAGCCCAGCAGCAAAGCGUUAAGCUCCACAAAGGCACCAGGAACGUCAAGAUUUUGAAAAGCUCUGCGCUGAAGCACAGGCCACACCUCGCCAACGGGCUUGAGAACGGUGCUCAGGCCUUGCGGGAGAAAGGCAAGCCAACCGGCAAGAAGUGCCGCUUUCCCGAUGAGUUGGAUACAAAUAAGAAACUGAAAAAGCCCUCCUCAAGGGGGAAGCGCGGCGGCGGUCUGCAGCCAGAGUCAGGCCUCCAAGGGCGGCCAGCCAGUCUGCAUAAAUCUGUGGUCAGGUCUCACGGACACGGCCGGGAGGUGGUGGUGGCCAAACCAAAACAUAAGCGGGCUGACUACCGCCGGUGGAAGUCUUCAGCGGAGAUCUCCUACGAGGAGGCGCUGCGGAGGGCAAGGAGGAACCGACGGGACGGCGUAGGAGUCUACGCUCAAGUUCCUCUGCCGUAUGUCAGCCCUUACGCCUAUGUGGCCAGUGACUCGGAGUACUCGGCAGAGUGCGAGUCUCUGUUCCACUCCACAGUGGUGGACACGAGUGAGGAUGAGCAGAGCAACUACACAACGAACUGCUUCGGAGACAGCGAGUCCAGCUUGAGCGAGGUGGAGUUCGUCGGGGAGAGCACCACCACCAGCGACUCUGAUGAGAGCGGGGGUCUCAUCUGGUCCCAGUUUGUCCAGACGCUCCCCAUCCAGACCGUCACCGCUCCGGAGCUGCACGAAAAUGCGGCAAAGGCCUUUGUCAAAAUCAAAGCCUCCCAUAACCUCAAGAAGAAAAUCCUGCGCUUUCGGUCAGGCUCCCUGAAGCUCAUGACGACCGUCUAGUGAAGUGACUUGGUGGAAUGUAUCUGUUUCUGCUUUUGGAAGCAAGGUGCUUUUGUGUACAUAUUACCACAGAUUUUUUUUUUUUUUAAUACAAAUAUUUAAAACUUAAGGUAAAUUAUGUCGCUUGUCUUCUGAACUUGGGUGGAUACUAGUGCCUUUCAAAUGGAAAUAAAAGACCAUUACACUUGUCUAAAAAACCAUAACACUGCCAUUUCAGUGGUGAACAGCCUCCAGUGCAUAGUAUCAGAAGGCUUGGAAAAAAAGGCUCAUGUUUUGGGGAAUGGAUCAUCCUUGCCUAGAUUUUUCCAGUUCUGGGUCUUAUACAGGGUAUCAACAGCUUAAGGUCAUAAAUUUUUAGGGGAAAAGGGGGAGGGAGUGUGGGUGGUCUCAGUGUUUUUGCUUGUCCCUUUCUGCUGCUCCUGGUGCCACAUCUUGAACUUGUUCCUCCUGACAGUCCAGCCUGUUCUGUUUCUUUUUCUCAUUGAUUCUCUUCUUGAAGCUGGCCCUGUCCUCCCCCAACCUUCUCCCGUGAGGAAAGGGCUCCUGGUAAAUCCAUCUCCAAGGUUAAGUUGCCUUCUCAGGAGCGCACUCUGCUCUGAUUUCCUGGGAGUCCCGGUGCGGACUGUGGUGUUGUUUGGAAUAAACUGUUGGAGCAGCUGACCAAGGCUUAGUAACUUCAGUAUAUUGUGUAAAACUGCUUUUGAAAAGAAAAACAAACCAUAUGCAUGUCACGUGCAUGAUUAUCAGUAGUUUUAAUAUUCCUGUUGAUGUCCAAUUUACUGUACAUCAUCAAUGGCUGUUUUUAUAUAUAUAUAUCAUUGUGUAAAUUAAUAUAACACAUCAUAUGCUGUAAUAAACAGUCUGUUUUAA